ACGGAUGGCCAGGUGGUGGGGGAGGGGGUUUCCAUGGUUCUCAGGGAGGAAGGGAGAAGCAUUUUUAUCUUGACACUGUGUCUAAUCUAAGGCUUGGGUACCGUGGUAGGACACCCACUAUAAGGACAGAAAGAGCUCAUUCAGAAGGACAAAGAGACACAAGGAGCCCUGAGGCUGCUGUUGUCAUAGGGAUAACACAAAAUCAGACCCUGCCUGAGGGUUCUAGGAAGGGAAAGUGGUUAGAAGGGCACCUGAGAUUCUGGGGGUGCUCUGGGGUCAACUACACUGCAGGCAGCUUAUAGAGAUUUGAGGAUGGGAUAGGACCAUGUCACCCAGGUGCUGAGUCAAGAGAUUAGGGGCACAGGCCCAUUUUCAACUGCUUCUCUCUGGUCAUGUCUGUGGCUGUGUCUACAGUUAUGCUCCCUCCUGGGGAGUCAAGGAGCCAUGGUUGAAGAGGAAGAAGAGUUUCUAUUCAGGGCUCCCCAGAUGGAGACUGGCAAAUUGGAAGAGAGAAAACCAUCCAGAGAAGAUACAAUACUCAUUCUUUAUGAAAGGGAGGUGGCAUGUCAUGAGCCUGAAGCAGAAAGAAGGGCUAUUUGUCCAGAAUUUCCCUGUCUACACCUACUCCAAUGGGAUCCCAAGCCUAGACAUAUCUUCUGUCCAAGGUAAUUGCUAUUAUGAUGGGUACUUCAUAGGUGACCGUGGGUCCUUUGCAUCUAUCAGCACCUGCUCAGGGCUCAAGGGAAUCCUGAUCAUUGAGAUGAAUGCCUUUAGUAUCCUGCCAGUCAAGUCCUCCAGAAAAUUUGAACAUGCUUUAUACCGCUUGUCUAGGGUAUCGGGCGAUACCUGUGGUGUCAAGAAUAGGGAAAGCCAAAAGUUCUGGGCAAAACCAGAAAGCUUCAGCCUAAUGGAAUUCUCCUCAGCACACUUCACCCAUGCCUGGUCAUAUCCCAAGUACCUGGAGAUCUUUAUAGUGGUGGACAAUAUCCGGUUCCAGAUGUGGGACAAGAAUGUGACCACGACUACUCAGACCCUCAUAGACGUCCUUGCCCUGGUCAAUCACCACAUGAAGCAGAUCAACCUUGAAGUAGUGCUGGCUGGAGUGGAGAUCUGGUCUGAGAGGAACCUAGUCCAUAUCUCCCAGGACCUUCAGGAAACACUCUAUGACUUCAACCAAUGGCAAGCUUCAGAACUCCCCAAAAGGGCUACAUACAGCGUUGCUCACCUGAUCACUGGGCAGGAUGUUGGCAGCCACCAAGGCCAUGCAUUUGUUGGGACCGUUUGUGCCUCCAGGAACCUGGCAGGUGUGGAGGUCUUCCAUCAAGAAGAUAUUCCUCGGUUUGCAGCCCUCCUGGCCCAUGAGCUAGGCCACAACUUGGGGAUGAAACAUGAUCACCCAGACUGCACGUGCCCUGAUUCACACUUCUGUUCCAUGCAUGAGUUGAUCACUUUGAAGGGGACCUUCAGCAACUGUAGCUUGAAAGACUUUUACAAGAUGCUGGGCAGUAGCCAAGGGACUUGUCUGUACAACAAGCCCAAGUCCAAGAGUCCCUUUGGCAGGCAGUAUUGUGGGAACAAGAUUGUGGAGGAUGGGGAGCAAUGUGACUGUGGCAGUGCCCAAGAGUGCCUAAAGGACCAGUGCUGCCUGCCCUCAUGCCAGCUGAGGGAGGGCUCAGAAUGUGCAUUUGGACCCUGCUGCCAAAAUUGUAGAUUUGCAGAAGCAACCACACCCUGUCGUCCCAAAGUGGAUGAAUGUGACCUCCCCGAAUACUGUAAUGGCACCUCCAGGUGGUGCCAGCCUGAUACCUACAAGCAAGAUGGCUUCCCAUGCCGGGACCAAAGUUACUGCUACCAAGGACGGUGUGGAAGUCUGGAGAAACAGUGCAUUGAAUUAUUUGGGAAAGAUUCUAGACCUGCUUCAAACCGCUGCUAUCACAUGAACACCCAGGGGAACCGGUAUGGGAAUUGUGGCAUCAAGUGGCAUGGGCCAGUCCAGGUCUUCAGUCAAUGCCAACCCCAGGAUAUCAUGUGUGGAAAACUGUAUUGUGAGAAUAUUCAAACACUUCCCCACAUAAAGAACCACUAUGCUUUCUUCCAGUUACUCAUGGAAGACACAUGGUGCUGGGGAGUUGACCUCUACAAUGCCUUGGACAUGCCCAAUGGUGGGUUGGUACAAGAGGGCACCUCUUGUGGCCACAAGAAGAUCUGUAUCAACCAGUCAUGCCUGGAUAUUGAGGUCGUUUCCCGCGAUAACUGCAGCCUGGACAAAUGCCACGGGAAGGGCAUUUGCAACAAUCUCAAGAAUUGUCACUGCAAUUAUGGCUAUGAGCCACCCACAUGUCAAUUCCAUGGUCAGGGUGGCAGCCUGGACAGCGGUCCUUCCCCCAGGUUCAAAAUAGUCCAUCAUAAACUGGCUUCCCUGAUCUGGUUCAUAAUGGUUUUUGCUUGGCUCCUUAUGCCUAUUGUUUUUGUGGGGGUUUGCUCUUACUGGAAGACAGAUAAACCUCAGAUCAGAGGGCAAGACAAUCAGGAUAGUUCAGUGGCCAGAGAAGAUGGAGAGGUGUGAGCCCCCUGGCCUCAUAGGGCCCUUUCCUUUCUAUAAAUGGUUGUAACAUUCCAUUAGAGGACCAGGUCAUCAGCCCUCAGCCUCCCCACAAGGGACCAAGCUCUUCUAGGAAGAUGGAAGUGCUUCUAAUUUCUUUUUUGAUUAAAAAGGAAUGAAUAUUGA